CAGAGAUGUUUUUUUUUUUAUUUUAAUUUUUUUGUAAAACGACCCGGAAGAAGUUAGUGCAAAAUGUGAUAUCGGGAGACCGAGGUCAGAAAUUCUCUCUCACAACCAUCUUGGAUAUAGAAUCCUAACUCGACACAAGCAUGCCUGGUGAAGCCACAGAGACAGUCCCGGUCACUGAGCAGGAGAUGCAGCAGCCACAAGUUGAGACUGCCGCACCCUCUGCCCCUGCAAGUGUGGCUACCUCCCAGGAACCCCAGGCUGCUUCUGGCCCUGCCAAGCCCAAAGGCAAAGAGGCCAAGGGUGGCUCGACCCCAAAGGCUGUCCCUGGCAGAAGAAAAAAGACCUCGAUAUCUGCCUCCUCCUCUUCUCCUACCUCCCCAAAGCAAACCUCCUCAACACCCUGUUCCCCCUUAGCUACCUCACCUGGGGCAUCUGGAGCUCCCAGCCAGGGCAACCGUGCUGUCCCAAAGGUUGUAAAGGCUGGCAAACAAGGAAAGGCUAAGAAAGGAGAGGCUUUCAAGCCUGCUGUUGACCUGCCAGCCCCAGCCCAGGCUCCUGCCCCCACAGAGGCCAAACCUGUUCCUAUUGAGCUUAAAGCUGCUCCUGCACCAGUAGUGGCCAUGCCAGCACCUGUUGCUGCAGAUCCUGCACCUGCCUCACCCGUCUCUCCCAAGCCUGAGGCUUCCCCUGUGGCCUUCAAAGUGACCUCAAAGCCUGCUGCAUCAGCCCCUAUGUCAUUUGCUGAUGCUGUUGCCUCUAGCCCACUUAAAGCUGCCCCUGAAAUGCCCAAUGCCAAGCCUAAGCCUGUGCCCAAAGCUGAGGUGAAAGAGGUCAAGGCAGCCCCUGCACCAGCUAAGCCUGCUCUGGAGGAUGAUGACCUUCCACCUCUCAUUCCACCAGAGGAGCCAGUAAAGAUGCCAGUCUACUCACCCCCUAAAGUAGUAGAGGCUCCUAAGCCUGCCCUAGUUGCUUCUCCAGCUCCCCCUAAACCAGCUCCAGUUGAGCCUGUUGUAGCUGCACCAGCUCCGCCCAGGCCUGCGCCAAUUAAGCCCGUUGUAGCUGCACCAGCUCCACCCAAGCCUGCGCCAAUUAAGCCCGUUGUAGCUGCACCAGCUCCACCCAAGCCUGCGCCAAUUAAGCCCGUUGUAGCUGCACCAGCUCCGCCCAAGCCUGCGCCAAUUAAGCCCGUUGUAGCUGCACCAGCUCCGCCCAAGACUUGCCCAGUUGAGCCCGUUGUAGCUGCACCAGCUCCGCCCAAGCCUUGCCCAGUUGAGCCCGUUGUAGCUGCACCAGCUCCACCCAAGCCUGCGCCAAUUAAGCCCGUUGUAGCUGCACCAGCUCCGCCCAAGCCUUGCCCAGUUGAACCUGUUGUAGCUGCGCCAGCUCCACCCAAGCCUGCGCCAAAAAAGCCUGUUGUAGCUGCACUAGCUCCGCCCAAGCCUUGCCCAGUUGAGCCCGUUAUAGCUGCGCCAGCUGCACCCAAGCCUGCGCCAAAUAAGCCUGUUGUAGCUGCACCAGCUCCGCCCAAGCCUUUACCAGUUGAGCCUGUUGUAGCUGCACCAGCUCCGCCCAAGCCUGCGCCAAUUGAUCCUGUUGUAGCUUCCCCUAAGCCUGUUGAAGUAGCCAUUGUACCACCACCUCCAGUUUCAAAACCUGCCCCCACCACUGCUAAAAUCCCAACCAAACCGGAGCCUGUGACCAAGAAUGAGGGGUCUGGCACUGAAUCGGACAGCGAUGAGUCUGUACCAGAUCUGGAGGAACAGGACUCCGCACAGACACAGCAAGCACAGCUUGCAGCUGCUGCAGAAAUAGAUGAGGAACCCGUUAGCAAAGCCAAACAGAGCCGUAGUGAAAAGAAGGCACGAAAGGCAAUGUCAAAGCUGGGUCUCAGGCAGGUGACGGGGGUCACCAGGGUUACCAUUCGCAAGUCUAAGAACAUCCUAUUCGUCAUCACCAAACCAGAUGUCUACAAGAGCCCUGCAUCAGACACUUACAUUGUCUUUGGUGAGGCUAAGAUCGAGGAUCUCUCACAGCAAGCCCAGUUGGCAGCGGCAGAGAAGUUCAAGGUACAGGGAGAAGCUGUGUCGAACAUCCAGGAAAACACACAGACACCCACCGUACAGGAGGAGAGCGAAGAGGAAGAGGUUGACGAGACCGGGGUCGAGGUGAAGGACAUUGAACUUGUGAUGUCACAAGCCAACGUGUCGCGAGCGAAGGCUGUACGCGCCCUGAAAAACAACAACAACGACAUUGUCAACGCAAUUAUGGAGUUGACGAUGUAGGCUGCUGGAGUCGACAGGGUUCUGAAAAGUUGCUGAUUUUAAUCUAUCGUUGGUACAAUUUAUACCCAAGAUAGAAAUAAAGAUGUGGCUUGGUAAAUCGA